CCCCCCCCCCCCCUCAAAAAAGUUAGUUUUCGUCAGAAUGGUCAAGAUUGAGAUAAAUACAUGGGGAGAUAGCCUGUCAUUUGCUCUUUCAUAAACGAUAAAAACUUUUCUUCGAUACCUCCUUUUUUCCGGAAAAUUUUCAAUAUUUUUGACGAUCCCUAUUCGAAAAACCGCUGGUUUUUCGAAAAGUCCAAAAAUCUUUUUCGUUUUUUCUCAAAAUGGUGGUCGAAUUACGUAGCCCCACCAAAAGUCAAUUAUAAUCCGAUAUAAAGUCAAAUAUUUUUUUUUUGUUUGAAAGAGCAUCAAAAACUGCAGUGCCUAUGAGGGCCCUUUUUUUGAUAAAUCUUUCCUAUUAUUAUAUUGAAAAGCGAUUUUAUAAUAUAAGCAUCAUUUUUUUGAGAGAUUUUUGAGUGAUAGAAUUUGUGAACCCUUUUUUUCUUAUUAAAGAUAAGAAUUUAAAAAAAAGGCUCGUCAUAGGCACUGCAUCCUGACAUGCUCUUUCAAAUGAAAAAACAAUGAACCAUAUUGAAUGAACACCCAUAGAGAUUUUUGGGGGCUACGAUAAGCCAUUUUUCGACCCUUGUUUGGUUCGUAUCUACUUAAUACAUCAGGAUAGGAGGCUGAAAAUUUUAUCAUAGACGUACUUUUACACCCCCAACAUAUCCCCAAAGUUUCAUGCUAUCUCGAUGUUCCAGAGCUGAGAUCGAUUUUUGAGGGGGGGGGGGGGGGGGCCUUGAAGAAGUUAUGCAAGAUUCAACAAAACAUCCUUAUGUCUUUACAUAUGGUUUAUUGUAUAAAUUGGUAUCAAUGAAUGUUGAUUGCAACAAGAAGAAGAGAGUAAUUUAUUUACCUUCACUCAUGAUCAAUUCUCUCCUUCACUCGUACCAUAAUGAUCCGCUUAGUGGUCAUUUUGGCAUUCAACGAACAUAUUUAAAAAUUAAAAAUAAAUUUUGGUGGCCAAAUAUGAAACAAUCAAUUAUUCAACAUAUACAAUCUUGUUUACCUUGUCAACAACAUAAUAUUAGUCGUACAAAGAAACCAGGUCGACUUAAUCCAAUUCCAACUCCAGAAGGACCAUUUCAAUUAAUAGGUAUUGAUUAUUGUGGCCCGUUCAAACCAACACCUCGUGGCAAUCAAUAUGUAUUAUGUAUAAAUUAA